AUGGUACGGGUUCCCGGGACGACCCCGGGGGCGAAAGAGUCUUAUAAUUCAGACGUGGAUGAGUUUGUUCUGGACCUAAAUGUGUCCACUUCAGAACCGGACCUCAAGAGCCGCUUUGGACCGGAGUGCGUAAAACUCUGCGUGCGCGGAGGCCGGGAGCGCGGCGGAUGCGUCAGCUCUCGCUACAACAGCAGCGCCUUUAACACUGCUGCCUUUCCUGUCGGUAUCAGCCAGUGCAAGGGUUUAUUCAAAGACUCAGUAGUAGGGAAAGAAGACCGUGCUGCAAUCCAGGAGGCCAUUGAGGAUACCACGGUGGCAAUUUUCCUCAUCAGGGAAAGUGGCGGUGAUGGGAAAGAGGACAUCCUCGUUGUCCUUGAAGGCCAGGCCGUGGUGGUUGACCUACCAAGUGUGGGGGUGGUGGUUGCCAUGCUGUUUGUCCUCAUUUACAACUUAAACCUGGACUACCCUCCUCAUCUCAGAUACACCUUUGAGGUAAUACAGAAAGUUGUAAUGGAGUUGGAAGGCAAAGUGCUGUCAAAGGGCUCAGGCCUUGAAGAUCCGACUCUUUGA